GUUCAUGAGAAAGCUCGCUUUUUAAACUUCUCAAUGCUUUCGUCUUUGUCGUGCUUCAUUGGAGUCUGCUCUGGUGAAGGCAGUACUUGUUUUAGUUCAUAGCUCGCUCGUCAGGACACUAUGGACGCGAAAGAAGAGCUAGAUGGGCUAACUUUCAAGGAGAUGAGGUUCAAGAUGUGCCGCUUCCUCGAAGAGCAAGGCGUCGUUAAUGACCUUCGCGCGCGACUGCGCUACAAAUUUGUGGAAGCGCUCAAGAUAACCACGCAAAGCGCCAAGUGUUCUUCGCAAACUCUUCUCCAUCAGGUGAUCCUGUGGCUGAUCCAGGAUUACCUGUCGAGCCAGGGCUACGAGUACGCGCUGUGCACGCUCGCCUGCGAGUCUGGCGUCGGCCGGGAGCCCUUCUCGGCACGCGACGUCGAGGAAUUGCUGCGCGUGCCCUCACUGCAGCAGCAGCGUGACGGGCCUUGCGUGCUGCAGCGCAUAGUGUCACGCAUGAUGAGCCGGCCGGAGACCACCUCGGCGCAGACGUCGGUGGCAGUGCCUGCGCAGGUGCCUGAAGCCAACCAGGUGCAGGCCGAGCUGGAGAAGCUGAAGUGCUCCGUGGCCGAAGCGGAGCAGAGGUUGCUUGCCCUCCAGCAGCAGCUGCAGAAUGCGCAGCCUCCGAGCGAGGAUGCUGUGCCACUACUGGGGCAACGAUGUCGUCCCACCUGCGUUGCUGGGGCAACGACCCACCUGCAGGCCGUGCGUCGCAUGUCUGUACUGACUGAGUUGAGCAGCAUGGGCAGCGACCCCAUCCCUGAAGGCAGCACACUGUCUACCUCAAGCAGUUCGAGGCAGGCGCAGAGCCGCAGAGCCAACAAAUCCAGCAGCGUGAGCAGCCUGUCCAGCCUACCCCUGGAUCGCGCAAGGCGUCGUCUGCAGCGACUGGCACGGCAGACGGACUACCUGGACGACAGACUCCGUGCUAUGGGCUCCAUUGGGGACAGUGUAUCUACGAUCUUGCUGAGCAUGUCCGGUGACGUCAGCGUGGCAUCAUGCGAGAAGAGCUCAGAGGCACAUUCUUUCGAUGCAGGCUGAGGAAUCCUUCUCGUGUAACGAGGGAACCCGAUACGAACUGGCAAUGCCUCGAGGUCCUCUAAGCGUGAGGUCUAUCGUACAGUUUCGUACACAACUCAGCCUCAACUUGAUGUUUUUGGAAGAAUGAACGCUCCUGUUAAUUUGAAUUUCAAGUGAGGUAUGUGCAUGAACGAUAAAGAUGUACUACAGAUGCACGACACUUAUCGAAAAUAAUUUGCAUUUAGAACAGUCAACCAAUUUUACAUUGAAGCCAGAUAGACAAGUUUCAUAAGGUUUUUGUGUGGCAGUGUCAACGUGCGAUGGUGCGGCCCGUAUCAAACAUCAGCCAGAGAAUACCCACCAGAGCCUGCGUCGCAGCAGCUGUUGUGUGAUCAGGGCAUUGGAAUGUGUAGCCAGAAGGCAGCAUUGGUAAAGCUGGCACAGUAUACAAGACCAUGCGUCAGACAGAGCAGAGGGUAUAAAAGAUAAUUGCUAAGCAGGUGAAGUAUUUCAAAAGACUAUGGCAGUAAUUGCAGUGGAUAUAUAGUGAAGCGUUUGCAACGUCUUCGGUAGAUCUUGGGCAGUGGCAAACCAGGCCCCCAGGACUUUCCAAAGGUGUUCGAAUCCUCUUACACAGCGUCGCUGUCUUUCAUGCAUGAGUUCCGCAGAUUUUCAUACAUCUGCCUUGUCUUUCUUUUUUGCCAUUUUUCUUGCCAUUUUUGUGAGUGACAAAACUGUUUAGCAGUGUCUCCAUGCUUGUGCAACUUGUAUAGUGUAUACUAGCUGAGCACCUAAAAUAGUUGAGUCUUUUGCAGCUAUUCUUUCUGUCAGGCUCAUUAGCAUGUUUCCCUCACAUGGUCCUUGGAUCAUCACUUACAUUCUGCUUGUCCGUCUCUUGUCACGAGGAUUCGUGAGUCCUUGUAAAGGAAAUUCUGCAGAAUCAUACCCUUAAGUAUUGCUGUGUG